AUGAGCGGCUCACAUGGGUUGUACAAUCAACCUGUCGUAUUGGAUAAUGGGUCUGGUAUCAUAAAAGCAGGGUUUAGCGGUGAAGAGCAACCCAAAUGCUUUGAGUAUUCAUUAAUCGGGACUCCAAAAUACAACAAAGUCAUGGCUGGGGGAUUGGCAAGCGACUCUCAGUUGAUUGGUAAUGAAGCUCAGAAAAUGCGAGGACUCCUAAAACUGCAUUAUCCGUUGGAGCAUGGUGUAGUACAGGACUGGCCAGGCCUCGAGCAGCUAUGGACCCAUGUGUUUUACAACAGCCUGAAACUUGCGAACAUUGAAGAACAUCCAAUGCUUAUAACAGAGGCACCGCUAAACCCAAUGAAAAAUAGGAACAAGAUGUGUGAGAUGCUCUUCGAAACUUUUGGUUCUCCAGCGGUUUAUGUAUCAAUUCAAGCGGUAUUGGCACUUUAUGCCGGAGGUCGAACAACAGGCUGUGUCAUUGAUUGCGGGGAUGGCUGUUGCCAAAGCGUCCCAGUAUAUGAUGGAUUCACACUCCCUUCUGCGAUACAAAGAAUAGAUGUUGCCGGCCGCGAUAUUACUGAAUUUCUGCAAUUGUUGUUGAGGAAAUCAUCAGGGGUAACGCUAUCGUCCAGUUCAGAGCGCGAAAUAGUCCGCAUGAUCAAAGAGAAGGCUUGCUUCGUGGCUACAGAUGUUGGUAAUGAAGAGCAAAACUACGAAGGCGCGAACAGUGCUGAACUUGAGACUAGAUUCAAACUUCCAGAUGGUAAGAUUUUGACUUUGGGAGCAGAAAAAUUUCGGGCACCAGAAGUCCUUUUCCAACCACAUUUAAUAGGCUCAGAAUUCUGCAGCAUUCAGGAAAUGUGCCAGCAGAGUAUCUCCAAAGUUGAUCUUGAUUUAAGGUCAUCCUUGUACUCUAGUAUAGUUCUGAGCGGCGGAUCGACGAUGUUUUCUGGGUUUGGCGAUAGACUGCUGAGCGAGAUACGGAAAACAUCAGAGCCCAAUACCAAGAUUAAGAUAUUUGCACCGCCUGAGAGAAAAUACAGUACCUGGAUAGGAGGCUCGAUUCUCGCGGGUUUGUCGACUUUCGAGAAACUUUGGGUCACACGGGCUGAAUGGCAGGAAAAUCCGCAGUGUAUCCAUUCUAGGUUUAUGUAA